UAAAAGUUGUGGACAAAAUUAAAUCGCAAAUUAGCUUAGCACUGCUGCACUAUCUAACAGUCCCCAAAUCCUCACCACACACGCUUCACUUCACGAUGAAGCGACAAUUUCUACUUCUAAUGCUUAUAUUAACUAAGUACGUGAGGUGCAACUGUGAUGCUAGAUGCUCUGGCAAGAACUGCACGUCUGGGUUAAGUAAAACGCAUCAAUGUUAUUCGCGUUGCUACGAUGAUUCGUGCGCAGUCGCAUGUUUCGGUGACAAUUGUACUUCGUCGUGCCUAGGCUCGUUAUGUAAAGCGGGGUGCGAAGGGGAAAAAUGUACCGCAAAUUGCACAGGACUAUCUUGUAAGGCUUGGUGUUCCGGUCGCGAAUGUAAGAAAUUUAUAAUGCUUUGGUGAGAAUACAUUAAUAAAUAUUAUAAUACAAUGUA